CGAAGCGUGCGUCUGACGUCACUGCGCGGCGUCUGGGGAAGCGAGCGGCGCGAAGCCCGGGUUCCCUGAACGCGAGCGGUCAUCAGUGGCCCCUGUGGCUGUUGGCCCGGGGACCUGUGGCGGCGGCUGUGUGAGGAAGGCUGCGGCAGAAAGGCGCGAGAUAAACAAGUUUUGAAAUCAACUACAGAAAUAAAAUGGAAGCAGUGCAGAAACCAGGGUGUGCUGCAGGUGUCCAGUUGAGAAACAGACUAACAGGUAACUGUGAUCAAAGAGCAUCUGCGGGUACACAAAUAAAACAGAGAUCCACAGCUCAGCGUAGCAAAUCUACAUCAUUAACCAGUUCUCCAGAGUCUGUAGGAAAACUUCAUCCUCGACCAAGUGAUAAACUGAAUCCUAAAACAAUUAAUCCUUUUGGUGAACAGUCACGAGUCCCUUCUGCAUUUGCUGCUAUUUAUUCUAAAGGAGGUAUUCCUUGCAGAUUGGUACAUGGCUCAGUGAAACACAGAUUGCAGUGGGACUGUCCUCCGGAAAAUCUUCCAUUUGAUCCUCUUCUUAUUACUCUAGCUGAGGGUCUGAGAGAGACUAAGCAUCCAUACACCUUUGUGUCCAAGGAGGGUUUUAGAGAAUUACUUUUAGUCAAAGGUGCUGCUGAGAAAGCUGUACCUUUGCUUCCUAAGCUGAUUCCUGUGCUAAAGGCAGCUCUGGUUCAUUCAGAUGAUGAAGUGUUUGAACGUGGAUUGAGUGCUUUGGUACAGUUGAGUGUGGUCGUUGGUCCUUCUCUAAAUGGUCAUCUGAAGCACCUGCUUACAAGUCUCUCCAAGAGACUGAUGGACAAGAAAUUCAAAGAGCCAAUCACUAGUGCAUUGCAGAAGCUAGAGCACCAUGGUGGGAGUGGAAGCCUUAUCAUCAUCAAAUCCAAAAUUCCAACGUAUUGCUCUGUAUGCUGUUGAAAAAGGGCGCCAAAAACACCGUCUUCCUGCUAAUAAGCGUCAGACACUGACCACGGGUACUCAUCAAAUCUUUAUUCAGUUCAUUUAUUUUUGUAAAUCACGGCCACCAUUCAUUACUUGUAUUUACAGAUUAAGCUGAAUAUAUGUAGUCCUGCUGAACUGGAGUAAAAUUUAUUUGUUUAUAAAAAAGAAUGGGUAAUGAUGAGAAGCUAUUAAAAGAACUUCUAUGAUUAUUUGUGUUGAGAACCAUUAUUGAGUUUAUAAGAUUAGAUGUAUUUGUAUUUCUUCUAGUGCCUUUUUAUUUAUAACAUUUGUUUUGUAAUCGUACAGUUGUACACUUAUUUUUGUAAAUAUCUGAGGGAUAUUAUUUCUUGAUUUUAUUUAUCAAGGCUGUGAAGUUUAAAUAGUGGACAAACAUUUGUGAAUUUACUAAAAUUAUUUGUAAAUAUGUAUUUUAUAAUAUAGAGUGUGUGGAAAAAGCUUAUUUCUUGAUUAUUCUAGUUUCAAGAAUUUUUUAAAAAUAUGUAAAUUCUAUUGCAAGCAUGUUGUUUAUUACAACUUACUAAAAUUACCUAAAUUUUAGGUAUUAAUUAUAUGCAAGUAAAUGUUAUUUUUGCAUUUUGUAGAAUGAAAUUACUGAUGAACAUAUGUAGAUACUUAGAAAUUAAAAUCUUAAAACUCUUA